AUGUCUUCUAUUAUCCUCUCUGCUGCCGUUGUGGCACUCGCCGCACUUCCCCAGUUCGUUGCUGCUCACGGAGCUGUCAGCCAAAUCGCGGUUGAUGGUGGUGACACCUACACUUCGCCUCUCAUUGGCGGUACCGCCGAUGGUCCCAUUUGGUUGAUUUCCGACAGCGACCCUAUUACCGACACCUCAAGUGACAACUUGCUCUGUGGUAAAGUCGGAACCAAGGGUACCUCCACUCCCGAGCUCGCUGCGGGCUCUACGAUCACCUAUUCCUGGAACAGCGGGUACACUGAGGGUACCGACUGGCCUCACAACACCGGUCCCAUGUUCCUUUAUAUGACGAAGUGUGACGACGACUGCAACAACGUCGACAACUCCGCGUCGUUCUUCAAGGUCCAGCAGCUCGGAUUCGAGAGCACCGGAACUUGGUACCAGGCCGACCUUAAGGCUGGUAAAGGUGUUUCGUUCACCAUUCCCUCCGAUCUCGCAGCCGGCAACUACCUCCUCCGUCACGAAGUCAUCAACCUCGCCUCCACCGAGGAGAUGUACCCCUCCUGCUCACAAUUCGCCAUCACCGGCUCCGGAACCAACGACUACAGCUCCGCCGACACCGCCACCUUCCCUGGUGCCUACGCGUCGACUGAUGCCGGUCUCUCGGUCGCUGGAUCCGCGGUGUACUCCAUCUCGAGCAACGCAGGAUACACGUUCCCUGGUCCGGACCCGAUUGAUUCCUCGACCACUGAGGGUGAGAGCUCCGGUUCAUCGAGCUCUUCCGGAUCGUCUGGAUCGUCCAGCGCAGGAUCAGGAGCCUCUUCUUCCAAGUCCGCCGCUCCCUCUUCCUCCGCCGCUGCCGCUGGUGUUUCGGCUUCCGUCUCUGCUUCCAUCGGUCUCGGUGGUGGAGCUGGUACCGUCCGUGUCGCUGGUAGCACUUCUGCCGCAGCUUCUGCCACCGCAACCGGCGCCGCGACGAGCGCUGCGGCUACCGCUACUGGUGCGAGCAGCUCGAGCUCGGGUUCGACGGACAGCACGGCGUUGGAUGCGUGUAAUACUGCUUGGACAUCCUGCAACACCGCAUGGACCUCCGCCGGCGCCGACGCCUCGACCUACUCUUGCCAGACCACCUACACCUCCUGUGUAGCCGCAGCCAUGGGCGACUCCUCCGGUUCCUCCGCCGCCGCAAGCACCACCGACGCGGAGACUAGCAGUGCCGCCUCCUCCGUCGCCCUCCCUUCGUCCACCCUCGUCGCUUCAUCCGGUUCCGUCCUCGCUUCUUCCGCCGCCGCAUCCGGUUCUGGUUCAGCAGCUGCGCCAUCCUCGUCGUCCGCUUCCGUGGUGGCUUCGGCUUCUGCUUCGGACUCGGAGACUUCGAGCGCGGCUGCUGCGUCGGCUUCGGCUUCGGCUGUUGGGAGGCGUGCGAUGGAGGCUGCGAGGUUGGCGAAGAAACAUCAUAGGAGGGCUCAGGGCGGGAAGAGGCACGUCGUUGGUGCCUACUGA